AUGUGCUCGAAUUCUAAAGACUGGGAGGACAAGAGAAGAAUAAUGAUCGAGGAAUUGACUGAAGAGUUACACCAACUUUUCCCAUCAGAUGGAAAGAAAAUAUCAACAUCACUGAUCACCAUGCUAUAUUCCACAGCGAAACUCAAUCAUGCAAAGCUAUUGGUGUCCACAAUGAAUGAAAUCCGAAAUGAGGAAUUGCGAAGUUAUCUGCUGAAUAUGAAAUUCGAUGAGAUCGAUGGUCAGUCUAUUACACCUCUCACAAUGGCAGCGACUGCUGGAAACGUUAUGUACGUCAAAACUUUACUUAACCAAUACAAAGUCGAUCUGGAGUGUGAAUGCAAUGUGAUAUUCGAUGGGCUGGUAGUGUAUGGCGCAACGGCUUUGUGGGUAGCUGCUGGAUUAGGACACCUACAGAUUGUCAAGUUAUUGGUGCGACACGGGGCUAAUGUGAAUCACAACACAAAAGCGCAGUCCUCGCCGUUAAGAGCCGCAUGUUACGCCGGACGAUUGGAUAUAGUUAAGUACCUUAUAGAACACGGAGCUGAUGUCAAUCUUGGAAAUAAAUAUAACAACACCUGCAUAAUGAUUGCUGCCUAUAAGGGGCACACACAAGUGGUUGAUACACUUUUAAAAAACGGCGCUAAUCCAAAUGAACAAGCGUUGUGCGGAGCAACGGCCUUGCACUAUGCCGCAGAAUGCGGUCACUUUGAAGUUUGUCGCUUGCUGCUGGAUCAUGGUGCGCGUUUGCAGGAAAAUGAAUUGGGACUGACUCCGGUAUUGACUGCAGCUGAAAGGACACAAGAGGAAGUCGUCAAAUUGUUUACUGCAAGACCAGGUCUAAUGCAAAAAGAGGACAUUAUUAUGGCUUUGGAGUUGAUGGGCGCUUCAUUUGCCAAUGAUAAGGACAACUACAAUAUUCAGAAAGCAUACGAGUACUUGCAUAAAGCUAUGGAAUUACGAUUCUCCGAUUCAAACAACGUAAUACGAAAGAUGGUUAUGCCUCCAAUACCGGCAUAUGAUGAUUGGCUUGAAACGGAAAAUAUUCCAGAGUUACAGGCAAUCCGCUUGAAUCACCAUUCAAUUCAUAUGGAAUCUCUGACGAUACGAGAACGCAUCCUGGGUAGAAACAAUCCGGACUUACCCCAGCCCAUUGUGUAUAGGGGCGCGGUUAUGGCUGACCAAGGCCGAUUUUCUCAGUGUCAAGUGCUAUGGAAUUACGCAAUGGACCUAAGGAUGAUGAAUGGCAUAUCUGUGGACAGAGACUUGCUGCGUUUUGCACAGCUUUUUUCACAAAUCUUGCGUAUGGAAGAUGUAAGGCUGGACCUGGGACAGGUAUUGUCCGUCCUAGUCAAAUGUCAGCAAGAAAUCGAACGGAACAAGCACAAGAUAUGCUACCCAGGACCCAAGGAUGUACCCCAAAUGAUUUCAGAUCAAAAUGAACAGAACGUAGCCACCGCCCUUUACCUAAUUAAAAUCAUAACCAGACUCCUGACUCAAAAUGUAACAAACGACCAAAAAAAUAUUCUCUAUUGUACAAUUAAGAAAAUUAUAAAAUGUGAUAUCAGACUAGCUGACGGCCAAACCCUCCUUCACAUGGCUGUGAAUGCCGUCACUCCAGUCGAUGACUUUUAUACAAAUGAUAUUUGCAAGUUUCCAUGCUACCGGACUGCCCUUCUUUUGGUUCAUGGUGGAGCUAAUGUUUUAGCAGUAGAUAAUAUGCGCAACACACCCUUACAUACGUUGGCAUCAAGUGUAAGAAGAUCCAGAUUUAUUAUUAUGUCCGUCUUUUUCAUCAAAUGCCUUUAGUUUCCUAGAGACAAUAAUCACCUAAUUACUCACGCCGAAAAAAUUAUCCAACUUUUGGUCGACGCUGGAGCUCAUUUGGAUGCAGUGAAUUCUCAAGGCUUGACUCCAGCCCAAGUUAGCAAUAUUGGCCCCCUUAACGCGAUAAUAAUGAAUCAUACGAAUUCAUCAAUAUCUUUGAAAUGUAUUGCAUCACGUUGUGUAGCCGUCAACAGACUUAAGUACCAAGGACUCGUUCCCACUAUUUUGGAAUCUUUUAUAGAAAUGCACUGUACAGAAAAGUACUUAUCAUGAGGAGGUCAAAGUAUUCCAACUAAACGACAGAGUUUAUACAUAUUUUGUAAAAUC